UUUCACAACAUGGCGAACGUAUAAUCAGUUGUUAUGUUACGCGUAUUUUUAGUGUUUAAACCUAAAUAACAAUAUAAAUUACGUUUGAUUCAGUUCCCAGACUGGUGUCUUGUUUAUUUUCUAGUUCUCAGUUAUAAAAGAAACAAUCAAAAUUGAAAGAGGCAGUGUAAAAGCAGUCUGAAGGAAGGGCACGAAUUCGGCGGAUCAUUGAACUUUUGAAGGUGAUAUCUGGAUGUUAUCACGAUGCCGCGUCGCGGUACUGAGGUGAUCCAGCUGCCUAUGCCUCCGAAGAAGAAAACAAAGAUAGUAGAUGAGCCCCCACCGAGUUUAGACGUCAGCUUUUGUGAUGACGAGGCUUUACCUCCUGGGAUUGUGUUUAGCGAUGUCCAACAGAAGAAAUGGCGUAUCGGCAAGCCUAUCGGUAGAGGCAGUUUCGGCCGCAUCUACCUGGCCUCCGACGAGGUAGAUAAGGAGGUCACGAAAGCCAGCGCCAGGCACGUGGUCAAGAUAGAGCCGCAUACGAACGGGCCACUGUUCGUCGAGGUACAUUGCCUUAUACGCACUGCGCAGGUUGAUAAAGUGAAAGCAUGGCGCCAGCGCAACAAACAGAAACGUCUCGGUAUGCCAGUCUACAUAGCCAGCGGGUCCUUCACAGACGACAACACCGGCGUCAAGUAUCGUUUCCUCGUCCUACCGCGCUACGACAUCGACCUACAGAAGAUCAUCGCCAGAACCAAGGUCUUGGACCUCAAAAACGUCCUCGUUUUAGCUGUCCAGAUACUUGACGUCCUGGAGUACCUCCACGACCAAGGAUACACACAUUCUGACAUCAAAAGUUCAAAUUUAAUGCUGGGUUUUGACGCCGGAAAACUGAACAAGAUGCCGAUGAUGAAACCGGCACCGUCUUUCCAGAAAGAAACUAAAGAGGUGGCUGUUUUGGCCGGGAAACAUAGAAGGGCCAAGAGCGCGAAGUCUCGCGCCUCAAAUUACUAUGAUGAUGAAGAUUUCAUUGUCAAAGAGAAGGGAGAUAAUACAGAGGAAGAGGACGACGAUGUCGCAAAUGUUAAGAGGAAGCUUCGUAAGAUCCUAUCAGACAGAGACAGCAGGACCAUGCACAGACACCACGCGUUCAAUCUGAGACAACUAUCAAACUAUGUCAACUACGAAGACCUAAACAGCUCCGUGUGCUCAGACCAAUCGUACCAGAAACUUCUAGACGAUUUCGGACACAGAAGCAUCAUCCGCACCCCAGAAGAGUUCUACGAAGACGUAAAAAAGAGAAACGGGAAAUUUAACAGUGAGAUUAAUUUAAACGACAUACACAAAGAAGCGGUCAUGUCACAAUCAAAUGGACAGAUCUACUUGCUUGAUUACGGGCUAGCUUCGAAGUUUCUGGACGCUGAAGGGAAGCACAAAGACUUUGGUAUGGACGCUCGGAAGGCGCAUGACGGGACCUUGGAAUAUAGCUCUAGAGAUUCGCAUAUAGGGGCCCAUUCCCGUCGAUCUGAUUUGGAAACUCUUGGAUAUAAUCUCCUGGACUGGCUGACUGGUACCCUCCCCUGGAAGACUAGUGAAGUGUUAGCUGAACCGGAUUUAGUUCACGCACUCAAGAAAAACUACAUGGAUGACGUGAAAUCAUUCCUAAAGACUUGUUUCAAGACUGAAUUUUACCCUCAAUUCAUGGAAAAGUAUCUGCAUUACGUCACGACCUUGGAGUACACUGACAAACCAGAUUACGACUACUGCAGAAGUUUGUUCAAAAGUGAACUGUUGAAGAAUGGGUAUAAUAAAGAUAUGUGCUUGAAUUUCGCGGAACCGGCUCUUUCACCUAUGAGCCGAAAGCUUUGCUAUUCGAAGCGGUUCGGCAGGAAGAAUACUCCACCAGACUUCUUGGCGCGGAGCGGUAUCAAGAAAUCUUAUGAAAGAGAAAAUGUGUGUUCGUUAGAGAAUGAUCUUAAGUUGGAGUUGUUGAAACAGACUCUCAACUCGUCAAGUGACGGAAUCCGGAAACCGUGCACCUCUCGUAACUUCUUCAUAUCAGACGCAGAUCUAGUCGCUCGCCUGAAGAAAUCUCUCAUGCCUCUGGAUGUCUUCGGCAAAAAACUGUCUCCAAAAAACCUGCGAUCACAACAUAAGAAAAAUAUUAAGAAACGUCGCGGUGUAAAAAAACACAGGAAUAGUAUCGGAAAGUUUGGCAACUUCAUGGGAUCGGCAAGACAGUUCACUUGGGCGGAGAUUUUAGCUGGCAACCCAGAGGAUAUCAUUCGGAAAGAACGCAACAACGCGAAGAGUGACGAGGAAGACGAUGAUGAAGAAACAUGCAAAUAUCGGAUCCGGAAACUAUCAGAUGCUUCAGACAACAGUGAUACCAACUUACUAUCGCCUCUAAUGCAGAUGGACUAUCUCGAAAGCAUGAACCCUACUUACGCCAUGAAGGAAGUAGUAGCUAACUUCAAGAAGAAAGUCUCAGGUCAUGUUAAAAAUUCUAAAGAAACCGAAGAACUCCCUGAAGGAUUAGAAGGCUAUACUCCGGCAAUGAUCAAAGUGUACAGGAUGAAAGAAAAGAGAGAGGUGAAGGAAAGACUGGAACAGUUGAAACAGCAAGUUUUAAAUAAAGAACCAGUGGUAAUUGUACCAAGAUGUACGAGGUCCAAGAAAAGUGUCUCUAAGAAGAUUGAACCAAUAAGAUCCACCAGACAGAAGACUACAAGCGAAAGUUCAAUUGAGGAAGAAACGGACAAGCCUAAAGAGACAAGAAUGAGGAGACAGAAAGGAUCAACCGACAGUAAGCAAGAAGAAACAGAAAAAACAACAAGAAAAACCAGAAAAGCAACCAGUGUUGACAAGACAGAAUGUGACAAUGAGAAAACAAAAGUAAGAACCAGACAAACCAGACAGAAUACUUCCUCUGACUAUGAAAAAGGUAAAUCUGAGACUGAUGUAGAAAACGUCCCUAAAACAAGAGCGACCAAGCAGAAAAAUUCCAAUGUGGAGAAAAUGGAAGUUGACUUAGAAAUUUCCACUAAACCCACAGACAGGUCUAAGUCUAGGAGUACUAGAAAUGUCGCUAAGAAAGAAGUGAAGAUUGUGGAGAGAAAGCCGUCUUCAUUGAGUUGUAAAAAGUCGUCGCCGAGGGCCAGAUCUCGGAUCGUCGCUCCCAACAACCGGAGGCGCCUCAGAAGCAGCCGACGUAAAUGUCUCUAACUCCACAUCUUUUACUUCGUCACUACCCUCGAAAUAUUAGCAUAACGAUAAUCUUAUGUGAUCCAUUAUUUGUCCGUUCAAUUUUUUUUUUAUAAGAUCGUACUUUUCCAUUUCUUUUUUUAUAUUUUUAGUUCUUAAGAUGCUAGGUGUUCUAUUAACCCACCUUUUUUCAAUAUUAUUGUUUGACGAUUUAAAAAUUGAGCAACCUAUGUGAUUUUUUUCCAUUACAAAAUCUUAACAUAUUAAAAUAUUGAUUAAAUGAAUUUAGGCAUCACAUUUUCCUCGUUAAUUGUAAGGAAAUUUAGGAUACGGACCCGAUUUCAGGUCGUGACUAGGCUUAAUAAAUUGUUUGCAUUUAGCAGAAAAACAUUGAUUUUGAAACGCGAAGUAGCUAAGAAUUUGUAACAAGCGCCUAUUUCCGCGAUUUAAAUGUUUCCUGUAGAUGAAUAAAUAAAAGUGAUUUUGUUAUUUGA